AUGGAGGGACUCUCUUAUCUGUUCUUACUUGAGAAUUUGGCAUUAAAAGGAACAGCUGUACAGUCCUCCACACAUUACAGUGCUGCACAGGCCAUCGACGGCAUCAGAUACGUCCCAGGUGUAGCCCCUACAUACUGCUCCAUCACAGAUAACCAGCUCAACCCGUGGUGGAGGCUAGACCUGCUGGACUCUUACAACAUUUACAAAGUGACUGUCACCAACAGAGGCGACUGCUGUCAGGAUCAAACGACUGGAGUAGAGAUCCGCAUCGGAAACUCUCUGGAAAACAAUGGCAACAACAAUCCCAGAUGUGGUGUCACUUCACUUGUUCCAGGAGGCAGUUCUGUCAGUUUCUCUUGCGGUGGAAUGGAAGGUCGUUAUGUGAACAUGUACCUUCCUAAUAUCCAGAUAUGGCUCACGCUGUGUGAGGUGGAAGUUUAUGGAACAGCUGUUAUAGAAGUGGUGGGAGGUGGUGGAGGGGGACAGAGGAGAGAACUAAAUGUUUUGAGAGAUGACUUGUGUCUGGAGCGCUGUUGA